AACACUACUACCCACCAUUCUUGCACCUCACCCCGUGCACUCAUCGCGCUGCUCCUCUCUCACUCGCUCUCCCCCUCCUUCAUUCCGUGUGCUCUGGAUCCGGUGGCUAGCGGCGCCGGCAAGUGUGUGAACAAGAGAGGGGCAGUGUGUUCUCAUUUCUCACGCUUUUUCCAAAAUCGCUAGAGAUGAUUCCCUGCACGGCAGCAAUUGCUCUCGUGGUUGCACUGAACCUGGCACAGUAUACCUCCCUCGCCGCCGCCGCCGGCGGCGGCCCCAGGGUCAUCAUCGUCGGCGCGGGCAUGUCGGGGAUCUCGGCGGGGAAGAGGCUGUGUGAUGCCGGGAUGACGGACCUGCUGAUUCUGGAGGCGACGGACCACGUCGGCGGGCGGAUGCACAAGCAGAACUUCGCCGGCAUCAACGUCGAGGUCGGAGCCAACUGGGUGGAGGGCGUCAACGGCGGCAAGAUGAACCCCAUCUGGCCCAUCGUCAACUCCACCCUCAUGCUCAGGAACUUCCGCUCCGACUUCGAUCACCUCGCGCAAAACGUCUACAAGGAGGAUGGUGGCCUCUACGAUGAACAUUACGUUCAGAAGAGAAUUGAUCAGGCGGAUAAUGUGGAAGAGAGUGGGAAGAAACUUACCGGCACAUUGCACACUAGUGGCCGAGACGACAUGUCCGUCCUUGCCAUGCAGCGACUCUACGAUCACCAGCCGAACGGCCCCGCGACGCCGGUGGACAUGGUGGUGGACUACUACAAGUACGACUACGAGUUUGCCGAGCCGCCGCGCGUGACCAGCCUGCAGAACACCGUCCCUCUCCCGACGUUCAGCGACUUCGGGGACGACGUCUACUUCGUCGCCGACCAGCGGGGCUACGAGUCCGUCGUCUUCUACCUCGCCGGCCAGUACCUCAAGACCGACAAGUUCGGCAAAAUCGUCGAUCCCCGGUUAAAGCUUAACAAGGUGGUUCGUGAGAUCUCCUACUCCCCGAGUGGAGUCACCGUGAAGACGGAGGACAACGCCGUUUACCUAGCAGACUAUGUCAUGGUUUCUGCAAGCUUGGGAGUCCUGCAAAGUGAUCUCAUUCAGUUCAAGCCCCAGCUGCCUUCAUGGAAGGUCGUGGCGAUCUACCAAUUCGACAUGGCCGUGUACACCAAGAUAUUCGUCAAGUUCCCCAAAAAGUUCUGGCCUGAAGGGGAAGGGAGGGAGUUCUUCCUCUACGCGAGCAGCAGGAGAGGUUACUACGGAGUCUGGCAGGAGUUUGAGAAGCAGUACCCUGAUGCCAACGUCCUCCUUGUCACCGUGACCGACGAGGAGUCCAGGCGCAUUGAGCAGCAGUCGGACAACCAGACCAAGGCAGAGAUCAUGGGGGUGCUGAGGAGGAUGUUCCCUGGCAAGGACGUCCCGGACGCGACCGACAUCCUUGUCCCGAGAUGGUGGUCCGACAGGUUCUACAGGGGCACCUUCUCCAACUGGCCAAUUGGCGUGAACCGCUACGAAUAUGACCAGCUCAGGGCGCCGAUUGGGAGGGUUUACUUCACUGGCGAGCACACAAGCGAGCACUUCAAUGGCUAUGUCCAUGGCGCUUAUCUUGCAGGCAUUGACUCUGCAGAAAUUCUGAUCAACUGCGCCCAGAAGAAGAUGUGCAAGUACCAUGUCCAGAGCAAGUACGCCUAGGUUCGAAUGAACGGCCGAUCGAUCAUACUGCGACGGCGAAAUUGAAAUAAGGCGGCUUCUUCGUGAUUAAGCGCGCGCCAGUAGUGGUCUACUACCAUCAUCUAAGGUUUAUGGUUAAUAAUUAUGGAUGCUUAAGCAAUAAGUACGCUUGUGUUGCUUCAUUCUGCUGUGGAUUGUAGUGUUGUCUCUUUGAAAUAAAACUUUUUUUUUCUGAGGAGGGGUGUUGAAUAAAAUUGUGUACCGCGUCUGCAAUUUCA